AACGGAGGAUUCUUCAACGAGAUUAGCCAAAUUUUAGUUAUAAAAUAGUGUAUAACUUCUAAAAACGAUGCCAAAAAUGAAGCCCAUUUACGUGCUUCACUUCCUCGCGGUGCUGGUUAUCGUGAACGCAGCGACACCGAACGACAGUACGGAGAAAUCCAAAUUUGUUGCCACCAACGAAUGGCAAGAAAUCGCAGAAGGUCAAGGCAUUCCGCAAGGAUUGCACGUCAGGAUCAAUCUUUCCACCGGCAAGAAGGAGGCUAAACUGUUGGUUGACGAAAGCGCAACUGAAACUCGGACAACAGAUGGAACACAAGAAAGUACGGAAUCGUCUCUUUCGCUCGUUCCUGGCCAGGAAGUGGAAGACCACGGCAGCCGGCAACCACCAGCGGGAUCAUUGGGCGGCAUGAAACUAGAGGCCAUCAAGGAGGCUCUUCGAGACAUCCCAGGCAACGACUACAAACCAGAAGAUGCUACCGUUAGUGGACGCUACAAAAGUUAUUCGGAGAUUAAACAAGAACUGAAGGACGCGAACGUGGAGCUGCAAACGGACAGUGAAAUCAUGGGCGCCCUUUUGGGACGUUUUCCCAAAAGCCUUUCAAACGAUCAGGAGCUGGAUGGGCUGUUCGAGGAUCUUCGCUACCUAGCGCACCAGAUCGACAAUGCGCUUGAAUUCAUCGAUCGUGGUGGCGUGGAGCAGAUCAUAUGGCCCAGCUUAAAUCGAACCGGAGAGCAGCAGCAACGGAUACGCGUACAGGCCCUCACGCUACUCGGUACAUUAGCACAGAACAAUCCCAAAGCAAAGGUAUCCCUGUUUGAACGGGACGCCAGUGCUAAACUACUGGGCGCACUAGGGCGUGCCACAGCAUCGGAAGAGAUAUCGGCGGCCGUGUACGCUUUCGGUAGCUUGGUACGAAAGUUCCCGUUCGCCCAAAAGCAACUACUAACACCGCACGGGUAUAGCCUACUAUACGGCAUCUGGACGAAACCGGUGGUCGAGCUGAAGGUUAAGGUGAAAGCGUUGCAGCUGGUUGCGGAUGUCGUGGAAGAUUAUCUAAGCGUAACGACCGAAAGAGGCAGCUCUUCCGAGCCGGUUGACGCCGUAACGGUCGAACAGUACCGUUCCACUCGGCUAACCGAGGGUUUGGAGAAAACAGAGUUCUGUAAGCAUGCCGGUCAGUUUUUCCAAGCGCAUCGUGCAGCUCUAGUGGCGGAUGAACAUCUUGCAGACGAAACGGUACGGGCGUUACGAUCAUGCCGGACCCCCCUUUGCCAGCCACUGUGGUCCAAAUGUGCCCUCUUUCGGCAUACGCUGCUAGUGCUGCGUAACAAUCUCGACAAUCGGAUAUCGGACGAUCCGGACCUGGUGGAGUAUCGGACCGAAAUUCAGCUCAACAUCGAUGACUUUCUCCGGGAGCUGUACGGCAACGGCAAGCCCAAGGAUGAACUGUGAUACCACAUUAGGUUUAGAGGCAGUUCUUUGGGAAAAGAAUUGUUAAACGUACGUUUAGCUCAUUGUGAACCUCAUUCGAGAUGGAGUAUCUGAUCAAUACACUACGAUUACACCAAAAGGAUUGAGUUUGUUGUAUCGAUACUAUUUUCAUAUUCCGAAACAACCCACAAGGU